AUGUCCUCCCCCUCAGGUUCCUCAGCAGCAGGCAAGCGGAAACGUACGACGGCGACAACGAACCCUACAAGCAUGCCUGACGCCGCCCACACCGCCGACGCCGCCCUCCAGGCCUCGUCGCGCGACGCUUCCGGAGAGGAGGGCGACAGCACCGCCCCGGAAUCCGGUCGCCUCGCCGGCCACCGCAAGUCCGACUCCACCUCCGCCGGCCACCCGUCUAAGCGUCAGCGUGCCAACUCGGAGCGCUCCCACGAGACGAUGAGCAACACCAACAACCAGACCGCCACUUCUGCCGCCGCGGCGCAAGACCACUCCCUCGAUCCGGGCGAGCCCAGCGAUACCACCGAGGCCAGCGUCGACAUCGCUGAGCGCGUCGGCCGCAAGAACAGUCGCAAGCAGGUCUCGAUAAAGGAGGAUGAGGACAAGGACGAGGCGAUGCCGCCCCCGCCUACGGGCAAGCUCACACACCCUGUGGGCUUCCGGACCAACGACCCUCCUGCCGGCAGGCCCGUUAGGGUAUAUGCCGACGGAGUCUUUGAUCUCUUCCAUCUCGGUCACAUGCGCCAGCUCGAGCAAGCAAAGAAGGCCUUCCCCGACGUGUACCUCAUCGUGGGCGUCACGGGCGACGCCGAGACACACAAGCGCAAGGGCCUGACAGUCCUCUCUGGCGCCGAGCGCGCCGAGACGGUCCGCCACUGCAAAUGGGUGGACGAGGUCAUUGAGAACUGCCCGUGGAUCGUCACCCCCGAGUUCCUUGACCAGCACAAGAUCGACUACGUUGCCCAUGACGACCUGCCGUACGGUGCCGACGAAGGCGACGACAUUUACCGCCCCAUCAAGGAGGCCGGCAAGUUCCUCGUCACCCAGCGCACCGAGGGCGUCAGCACGACGGGAAUCAUCACCAAAAUCGUCCGCGACUACGAAAAGUACAUUGCCCGGCAGUUCAAGCGUGGCACCUCGCGCCAGGAGCUCAACGUCAGCUGGAUCAAGAAGAACGAGCUGGACCUCAAGCGCCACGUCCAGGAACUGCGCGAUAAUAUCCGCACGAACUGGUCCACCACCGGCCAGGAGCUCUCCCGCGAGCUCCGUCAAUUCUGGCCUGCAUCGCGUCCCCAGUCCCCCGCUCCGGCCGCCCGCACCUCGUACAUCCAGAACGGCGACCUCCUUGCCGCCGCCAACGCCAACGCAAGCAAGUCGCGCCUCAGCGUCGAGAUCCCCACUACCCCCGGCGGCACGCCCGCCGCGACCCAGUCCAACGAUUUCAUCACGGGUUACGCCCUUGGCCUCGUCGGCGGUGUUCGUUCAUGGAUGACCAAGAGCAAGAGGAGCGACCAGGACAGCCCGAGCCGCCGCAACAGCGACGACGACUCCGAAAGCGACGGCAAGAGCCCCCGCGGACGCGUCGUCCCGCAACAGUCGGCCGCCGCCACGGCCAGCGCCUCAUAA